CUUAUCACUUUACGAUCGGCCUUUUCCUAGAGCAUUACGCCAGCAUUGCAAUUGCACUUUGCCGGUAGGUACUUAAUCUGAUCUAGUCUGUGACGAUGAAUAAGUACGCACGCUUUCGCUCAAUUUAUAAACCCUAGAAGCACUAGAACAGAACAAUGUUUUCAGUGAAUAAUUCCGCAGUUCUGGUCUAGGAUUUGCCUUGCGAUGAGUGUUAUAAUUUCGACGAUCAUUGCUUUGAGUAUUUUUACUACUGUUCCUGGUCAAGAAGUAAAUCCAUGUCAGGUAGAGUUUGAUGAUGGAUCCGCUGGUGUGGGAGUUUUGAACCGGACGUUUAAUGGAGUGACUUUUUGUGAAUAUCUGGGAAUAAGGUACGCAGAGCCCCCGAUUGGACCGUUACGUUUUCAAGCUCCGAUCAUUCGAGCUCCAAAUGGUACCGAAGUGUACCGAAAAGUGGGAAAUAUUUGUGCACAGCUUGAUACUCUUGUCCACGCUCGUGACGUGUAUGGAGAUGAAGACUGUCUGUUUCUGAACAUCUACAGCCCAAUGAUUCCAUCAUCAUCAUCAAGUGGGAAAGGCGGGAAGAAAUUCCCCGUAAUGGUUUACAUCCACGGGGGAAGUUACGCACUGUGGUCUCCCCAAACGGACAUGUUUGGUGUUGACUUACUGAUAGAAAACGAAAUCUUGGUAGUGUCUUUCAACUACCGAUUGUUCGUUCUAGGAUUCCUGCAUUAUCCGCAGUUCAACAUAAGAGGUAAUUUUGGCCUCAAAGAUCAGCUUGUUGCACUGCAAUGGGUGCAGCAAUAUAUUGAACCCUUUGGAGGAGAUCCAAAUAACGUCACUGUCGUCGGACAAAGCGUCGGGGCACAUUCCGUAACAUACUAUCUAUAUCUGGAACAGUUCAGUGGGUUGUUCCAUCGCGUGAUCGCAAUGUCCGGAGCAUUGCUAGCACCUUCGGCAAUGAUAUACAUUCCAGACGAAUUCACACCAACAUAUCUGAGGGCGAUUAACAUUUCCACCAAAGAGCAGCUGAUGAGCGUUCCCUUCGCAGAUCUUUUCCUGUUCCCCACACCCGCUAGGAGGUUUGUUUUCGCAACAAUUGGUCUUCCCAUCUUCCUACCAACGGUCGAACAAGAAGUCACCGAAGAUACGCUUCUCACGAAACCCGUUCACGAGUUGGUUCUGGAUGACCCGGUUAAUCAGGUGCCACUAAUGAUCGGAAUGACGGCUUCCGAAUUCACCCCAUUUUUCACCGUUGCGUCGUCAUUUGAAGCGGAUGAAAACUUCCCCAACCGGGAUAAUGGAAAAUCGUUACGACUGGUGUUAGAAUUGAUGCGAAAAGCUGCUGCACUCGCACUGAAGAUGGAACCGAACGGAGCCGGACGGCACUUUUACGGCAAGUUAAGUGAUUUGGUUAAUAUGUACUAUCCUGUGAAAAGAUUUCUGUGGAGGCUAAGGGAGUCUGGCUCCUAUAACGCUCCUAUCUAUUACUAUCGUUUUGAGUUUGAUGGAAAGUUUGGAAAGUAUAAAAACGUGUUUUACGAAGGCGCGCUGGAUGUGAGUUACGGUGGAGCAAUUCACGGAGACGAUUUGGGAUACUUGUUUUCACCCUACAAUGUGAAGGAAGCGUUAAACAAUCGCAGUGAGUUUAUGACGGAGUGGAAAGUUGCCAAGAGGAAUGUGGAGCGAAUUAGUAAUUUUAUUAAAUAUGGGGAUCCGAAAGUGAGUCACAGCGGUGAACCGAAGAGCAGCCAUUGGGAGCCCUUUAAUAGUAACAACUCGGUAGCGAAAUAUUUGAAUAUCGACAAGGAAAAUGAAAUGAGAAAAGAUGACGAUAGUUCCAACUACAUCUUUCAAGUUUGGGACAGAGCUUACAACUGUUUGUUCAAUUACAACUGCGUACCUGUGCGAAAACUGUUGGAUAAAAUCAAUCGAAUUUUGAAUAGUAACAGCAAUGAAACAAUUGCGACGAGUUUGUUCAACGAUGAGAAUGUAAGAUGAAAUGAUUUUAGAUCAAUUCACAAACUAAUUAAAAUAGAAAAGAUACACGAAUGUUUUAUUCAAUAUUCGAUAUUGGUUUUGUUAUUCAAAAUAGAUCUGUUGUUUUUGUUUGAUUCGUUCUUAAGU